AAUCGAUCAGACUUUUGAGUAAUUGAUUUGUUUUGAAAUAUAGCAAAAUGUAUGAAAGCUCAUGUUCAUAUCAGUCUGCAUUGGACUUAAAACGAGCAUCUCCAUUAGCACAGAUAAAAUCGGAAGAUGGAUUUGGUAUGGCACAGUGUUCAUCUGAUUGGGCUACUUAUCGAUUUCAUCAAUCGACAUUUGAACAAAUAAAGCAAAGUGUGAAAAAAGCCAAAGCUGCACUCCAAGAUCGGAGCACAUUUUUGACAACCAGUGCAUUUAGUGAGAUUUAUACAACACCGCGAUUGGCAGAGUCGUUGGAAAACAGUAUGUCAUUUGGUAGUGGCUGCCUGACAAACGCCAAUCUUGGCCAUAUCAAUAGUAAUAAUUUUAAUUCGACAAACAGCAACGGUUCCACAACGAUAAACAAUGCACAUUUACAACAAAAACAUCGAAUAGACGCGUUGACAACCAUAUCAACGGGAUCGACAACAAUUCCAACUACAAACACCUUAUCCACCUCAUCUCUAUCACAAUCUAUGGACAGCAUUGUUGAUUCAAAAUUACGACAAGAGCCUGCUCCAUUUUCCUUCAAAUUAGGCUGGGGUUUAACCACUCCAUCGCAAUCUUCAUCGACUUCAAGUCCAACGACUUUUCUACAUCAAUCACCUAGUACAACAAUAACAACAACCACAGCCGCCAGUACCAGUACUGAGAAUUUGUCGGCUUUGACAUCAAAUCAUGUUAGACAUUCGACAGAUAUCAGAGAUCCUGCCGAUUCAUAUUCAUCCUAUAAAACAUCAUGGGGAACACAUAGUAAUUCACAGGCACAAGGAUACACAACAAACACAUUGACAAAUGCAAAUGUAGGCAUUGGAAAGUCAUCGUUGGAUUCGCAUUCACAUUUUAGACAAUCAGAUCCAUAUCAAAUGUUUGGUCCAACGAGCAGUCGAUUAGCAAGUUCAGGUUCCGGUCAAAUUCAACUUUGGCAGUUUUUAUUGGAGCUACUCAGUGAUUCAAGUAAUGCAGCUGCCAUUACAUGGGAAGGGACAAAUGGUGAGUUCAAACUAACCGAUCCAGAUGAAGUAGCGAGACGCUGGGGUGAACGAAAAUCAAAGCCAAACAUGAACUACGAUAAACUAAGUCGCGCAUUAAGGUAUUAUUAUGAUAAAAAUAUCAUGACAAAAGUGCAUGGCAAACGUUAUGCAUACAAGUUUGACUUUCAAGGAUUAGCCGCUGCUACACAACCGACCGCCACCGAUCCAGCAUAUAAAUAUCAAAGUGAUCUAUUCAUGACGCCGUAUCAUCAUGGCACCAAAUUGACAUCAUUCAUGAAUCCACACCAUGGUAUCACGUCUUCAUCUUCCUCGAUAUUUCCAUCAGCUGCAUCAUGGGGCAAUUGGAGCAGUCCGGCAACAAAUAUCUAUCCAUCGCAUUCGAUGAGCCAUGUAACACCGUCGCAUGUUGCACCACAUUUAGGCUCAUAUCCGCACUACGCAUAGCAGUCAACAUCAAACUCAUUCAAAACAGAGGUCAAAUAUUCUAGCAAUCAAUACAAUUUAUAAGUCUUUCCUCAUUUCAUUUACGAUUUUAUUUAUUUAUUAACUUUUUUUCUUCUUUAAAUCCUAAUUUCCUUUUCGGGUAUUCUAUUUAUUUAUUAAACAUUUUCCGCAUUUUCUUGGACGAAAGAAAAAGACAUUUGUUCCAAUAAAAUGCUUAAGUUAGACGAAAGAUAUGUAUUUAUGUACUCGUCAUUCAGUAUUAGGCUUGCUAAGAGUAAAAAAAAAACACACACAAAAACACAAAAAAUAUAUUUAUUGGUAAUAGUAGUAAUUGAUGAUGAUGAUAAUGAAAGAUAAAAAGAAUAGCCAUAGAAUUAAUGUUAAUCCGUAAAAAUUAAAUUAUAAGUACAAACUCUCAAUGUGAAAAUUGAGGUACACAAAAAAUCUUGCAACAAUAUUAUUAUCGAGGCCGUAGAAUAUUUUUUGGCCAUGAAUAAUGUGAGUUUUCAUAUAGCCCCAACAAAAGAAGAGAAAAAAAAAACAAACAAACAAAUGAAAAUGAUACAUUUCAUUACCCCCUUGAACAGAGGAAAACAAAAACUUUAAUCAAUGGAAUCAAAUCUAAGAGCAUAAAUUAAACUGAUCGUUAUUAUAAAUGCUAGUCAUAUUAGAGUAUGUGUAUUUAAAUGUGUAAAAAAAGCAACCAGAAACUUACUUUCCUUUUUUGAUUACAUUAAAUAAUCAAUUAAUUUAUCCUACUAAAAAGCAUUUAAUGUGUAAUCAACAAACCAACAAAAAAAAUUAAACAUUAAUAACCAUAAAAGAGUAUUAUAAAUCUAAGCCGUAGUUAUAAGACGAAAUCAAUGAGGUGUUGAGAAAAGAACAAACAAACAAAAAAAAUUGACAAAAUGAUGCAAAACGUGGCCAACAAACACAUCUACUAUAUUAUAGCAUUCAAACCAUUCCAUUCUGCAAAUCAAUUUUAUCGAUUAACUCCAAUGCAUGUUCUUCGAAAAGAGAAAAAUGUAAAGAGACCAAGACACAUUUAAAUUGCUUGGUACUCUUGCAUAUUGGGUGAACUCAAUUCAAAAUCAAAUAAUAUGGAUAUUGAACCAGAAUCAAAUCAAACGGAAAAAACAACAAAAAUUUAAUAAAAAUACAAAUGUAUCAGAAUCUUCCCAUCGAACGUACACGCCAGAAUCAUUAAGAAUUGAGAUGAGUGACAGCUAUUCGGAAAGCAAUUACUAACACUAUAGCUAAAAUAUACGUAGUAGUAUUAGUUGACAAGAGAAAAAAAAAUCGUCUAAAAAUACAUUUAUUGAAUGUCAAUCCAAGAGACAAAAGAUCUAUUGAACAAGAACGACAAAAACUACUUAAUUUUAAAUUAAAAAAAAAAAAUCAACUAAUUCUAGUCAAAUGAAACCAAAAAAAUAGCAAUAAAUAUACCGUUGACAUCAUUGAUCGCCGACUAAAUAAAACAUUUGAAAUCAAUCGAAUCGAAAAUUGUUUUCGAAGGAUUUUUUUUUUCUCAAAAAGCAUAUACUAAAGAAAAAGUAAUAUAUUUAAAGAAAAGAAAUUGUAUGUGUGUGUAUUUUAAUGGAAACGAAAUUUAAAUGUUGCAACCAAACAACAACAGCAAAAUAUCCAAAACCAUAAAUUAGUCCAAAGCAAAAAAAAAAAA